GGACUUCCGGUUGAGCGCACCCGGAAGAUUCGGAUGCAAGUUUUUCUUUUCGUCUGUACAUCCAUAUGCUCGUUACUUUAAACGUGUUAAUGUAAUUUGGGUGUAUUUUCUACUCUGUAGUAUUUCCAACGAUGUUAUCUUUAGACUUUCUUGACGAUGUUCGUCGCAUGAAUAAGCGGCAGCUCUAUUACCAGGUGCUGAACUUUGGUAUGAUUGUUUCCUCUGCGUUGAUGAUCUGGAAGGGUCUAAUGGUUGUCACUGGUAGCGAGAGUCCCAUUGUAGUUGUUCUCAGUGGGAGUAUGGAGCCAGCUUUUCACAGAGGAGACCUUUUGUUUCUGACCAACCGGGUAGAGGAUCCCAUCAGAGUCGGAGAGAUUGUUGUUUUCAGGAUAGAAGGCAGAGAGAUCCCAAUAGUACACAGAGUACUAAAGAUCCAUGAAAAGGAAAAUGGAGACAUCAAGUUCUUGACCAAAGGAGACAACAAUGCAGUGGAUGACAGAGGUCUGUACAAGCAGGGUCAACACUGGCUGGAGAAAAAAGAUGUUGUGGGACGAGCAAGAGGGUUUGUGCCAUAUAUCGGAAUUGUCACCAUUCUCAUGAAUGAUUACCCCAAAUUCAAAUACGCUGUACUCUUCAUGCUGGGUCUCUUCGUGCUGGUCCAUCGGGAGUGAGGUGUCCAAACUUCAGCAUUCAAGAAAGAUAAACUACGUCCAGGAAACCUCAGUCAUGCCUCUAAAAACAGAAUUACUUUAGACUUUAUCAAACCCAACUGGCUUUUUUGUACCAUUUGUUUGAACAUUUUGUAGAAAUGUGGAUAGGGUGUUUACAUUCGAAAAAUCUAAGCUUUAAGAAUAUUUUUCUGAUGAAACUAGGUUUGAUUUAGUUUGAAGUCAAUCUUUAAUCAGAAUCCUCAGAAUGUGAAACCACAUUCUUAGAGAUGAACUAAGUUUUUUUUUCCUGUUGAAUUGUUUUUAAAGAUGUGUGACUUUGACUGCUGAAAAUAAAUAUUAAAUAUGAAAUCUGGUUACCAUCCACUAUGAAUUAUUUUAACUCAUUUUGUUGUGGCCCCUAUUCAACAAUACCAGUUUUUAUUCAUGCUAAUGAGUCCAGCUUAUUCUUACAAACUGUUUUCGUUGUUUACUAUUUUGUCGAGUGAAAAGCAACAUUGUUUCUGCAGAUGUUUUUAAAAGCCUAUGUGGGGGAAAAUGAGUUUUUGUAUCUGUCACUGUUAAGAAGAAACUUGCAUUAAAAUUAAACUUUUAAAGCG